AUGUCUCUUGAUGUCGAUGUGACGCUGCUGAGCGGGAAAUCGGCACAGAUUUCCGCCCCAGGUGGUUGCACUGUUGACGAGUUCAAGCUUAAAGCGCAGACUGUUCUGCAAGUUGGACGGUGCAGAUUGGUCAGCGUCUCUGGUCAUGUACUCUGCGGCGAGGCUACACUUGGCCAAUCGGGUGUAAAAAGCGGAGAUAUCCUGACCUUACAGGUGCAGCAGAUGUCUUUGGCAGCUACAGCAGACAGUUUUGCAGCUAUCCUGGGGGAUGGAUGCGUGGUAACCUGGGGCGGUUCUAGUGCUGGGGGUGACAGCAUGGCA